CGGCGCGCUCCGCUCCCCGCCCGCUGGGCUCUUGCGCCUUCUAGCUUCGGAGAGCCCACUUUGAUCGAGGCCACCAUUUCUACUGAGCACCUCUCUUGUCUCCUAGCCUCCCUACUGGAAUCGGAUUUGCAGAGGGGGUCAGUGGAAUCGGAGCACUCCCUUUUCCGCGCAACCGGCCCCUGCAUCCCCAGCUCUUUUACCGCCAAGUUGAUCUUUCUGAGACAGACGACGCGUGAUCUCACCGCAGCUUUGGGGUCUCCUUGUAGCCUUGGCCUGGCCGAUCGAUCUUCAGGACCUAAAGUUGCCGGAGGAGCGCCUGCCCUGCUGGAGGAGGGUGGAGGGGAGGUGGGAGGCGCGUACCUGUGUCAGCUCUACUGCCCUGAAUAUUAUUACUGUUACUUCCAUAUUAUUUUGUGUACAUUUAUCCGGACACGCUGGGUUCCUAGCCCCGCGCCAGAUACUGGGCCUCAGACACAGAGCGAUUCGCGCGGAGCAACGAGCUAAAGAGGAACCCCCGCGCCGGCGAGCGAGGAGGCGGCGGGGGAAGAUGCGUGGCGUCGGCUGGCAGACGCUGUCCCUGUCGCUGGGGUUAGUGCUGGUGAUCCUGAACGAGGUGGCGCCGCAGGCGUGCCCAGCGCAGUGCUCCUGCUCGGGCAGCACAGUGGACUGUCACGGGCUGGCGCUGCGCAGCGUGCCCAGGAAUAUCCCCCGCAACACUGAGAGACUGGAUUUGAAUGGAAAUAACAUCACACGGAUUACCAAGACAGAUUUUGCUGGUCUUCGACACCUAAGAGUCCUUCAGCUUAUGGAGAAUAAGAUUAGCACCAUUGAAAGAGGAGCAUUCCAGGAUCUUAAAGAACUGGAGAGACUGCGUUUAAACAGAAAUCACCUUCAGCUGUUUCCUGAGUUGCUGUUUCUUGGGACUUCGAAGCUGUACAGGCUUGAUCUCAGUGAAAAUCAAAUUCAGGCAAUUCCAAGGAAGGCUUUCCGUGGGGCAGUUGACAUUAAAAAUCUGCAACUGGAUUACAACCAGAUCAGCUGUAUUGAAGAUGGGGCAUUUAGGGCUCUGCGGGACUUGGAAGUGCUCACUCUCAACAAUAACAACAUUACUAGACUUUCUGUGGCAAGUUUCAACCAUAUGCCUAAACUUAGGACUUUUCGACUGCACUCGAACAAUCUGUAUUGCGACUGCCACCUGGCCUGGCUGUCUGACUGGUUGCGCCAGAGGCCCCGGGUUGGUCUCUACACUCAGUGUAUGGGCCCAUCCCACCUGCGGGGCCAUAAUGUAGCUGAGGUGCAAAAACGCGAAUUUGUCUGCAGUGAUGAGGAAGAAGGUCACCAGUCCUUUAUGGCUCCUUCUUGCAGUGUUCUGCACUGUCCAGCUCCUUGUACGUGUAGCAACAAUAUCGUAGACUGUCGUGGGAAAGCUCUCACUGAGAUCCCCACGAAUCUGCCAGAGACCAUCACAGAAAUACGUUUGGAACAGAACUCAAUCAAGGUCAUCCCUCCUGGAGCUUUCUCACCAUAUAAAAAACUUAGAAGAAUUGACCUGAGCAAUAAUCAGAUCUCUGAACUAGCACCAGAUGCUUUCCAAGGACUACGCUCUCUGAAUUCACUUGUCCUCUAUGGAAAUAAAAUCACAGAACUCCCAAAAAGUUUAUUUGAAGGACUGUUUUCCUUACAGUUACUAUUAUUGAAUGCCAACAAGAUAAACUGCCUUCGGGUAGAUGCUUUUCAGGAUCUGCACAACUUGAACCUUCUCUCCUUGUAUGACAACAAGCUUCAGACCAUUGCCAAGGGGACUUUUUCACCUCUCCGGGCCAUUCAAACCAUGCAUUUGGCCCAGAACCCCUUUAUUUGUGACUGCCAUCUCAAGUGGCUGGCGGAUUAUCUCCAUACCAACCCCAUCGAGACCAGUGGUGCCCGCUGCACCAGCCCCCGGCGUCUGGCAAACAAAAGAAUCGGACAAAUCAAAAGCAAGAAAUUCCGUUGUUCAGCUAAAGAACAGUAUUUCAUUCCAGGUACAGAAGAUUAUCGAUCAAAAUUAAGUGGGGACUGCUUUGCAGAUUUGGCUUGCCCUGAAAAGUGCCGCUGUGAAGGAACCACAGUAGAUUGCUCCAAUCAAAAACUCACCAAAAUCCCAGACCACAUUCCCCAGUACACUGCAGAGCUAACUUUGCGGGAAAGGAUCUCAGAGAAAGUGUCCUGGGUAGAAAAUAAAUCACAAAUUGAAGGCAAAGAGAAAAUAGAAGGUCCCGUGGAUGUCAGUAUUCUAGCUAAAUGUAAUCCGUGCUUAUCAAACCCGUGUAAAAAUGAUGGCACCUGUAACAAUGAUCCAGUUGACUUUUAUCGCUGUACCUGUCCCUAUGGUUUCAAGGGGCAGGACUGUGAUGUCCCGAUUCAUGCAUGCAUCAGUAACCCAUGUCAACAUGGAGGAACUUGCCACUUAAAGGAAGGAGAAAAAGAUGGAUUCUGGUGUAUUUGUGCUGAUGGAUUUGAAGGAGAAAAUUGUGAAGUCAAUGUUGACGACUGUGAAGAUAAUGACUGUGAAAAUAACUCUACAUGUGUGGAUGGAAUUAAUAACUACACGUGCCUUUGUCCACCUGAGUACACAGGUAGGAAGAGUAGGAAAUUCUGUGCCAUCAAUAGUCUAUCUGUUCAAAAGCAUCACUGGCAAUGUGUUGUAUAUGUGUAGUAAGCCACUGUAUUAUUCAAUAACUGGUAGGUGUUUUGAAAAUUAGAUGUAAUGUGAAUAACAGAGUUAAGAGGGUUUCAGCCAACCAAAUGAAAGACCAAGCAGGCAUCUACAUAAAGUCAUGCUAUCCAGCUGAAAAACAAGUUAUC